AAAGCGUCUGGAAGAAACACCUUCUUCAGCUUAGCUAACGGCAUUCAAACCUUUGUACAGCAUCCUUUACAUUUCUGGAACCUUUCUACUUUUCAAUCUUCUGUAAAUUAGGGUGUGAUUUAUUUCUAUACUUCACUUUUGGACUCCAUCUGAAUUGCUGAUAUUCUGAUGUGCCUUGUCUAAGAUUCGGUUUGAGAAUGAGGAAUUUCGUAUUGGGGUUUGUUUUAUAUCUUUAUUUUGCGCUUCUACUGAGUGUUGGAGCGCUUAGGUUUCACCAGAGUCACCAUACUGAGAGAAUUGAAGGCAGUGCCGGUGAUGUGCUGGAAGAUGAUCCUACUGGUAGGCUAAAAGUUUUCGUGUACGAGCUUCCAAGCAAAUAUAACAAGAAAGUUCUGCAGAAGGAUCAACGAUGUCUUAACCACAUGUUUGCUGCAGAGAUUUAUAUGCACCGUUUCCUUUUAUCCAGCCCUGUGCGCACUCUCAACCCCGAGGAGGCUGAUUGGUUUUACACACCCGUGUACACCACUUGUGACCUCACACCAAAUGGUCUUCCUUUACCCUUUAAGUCACCCCGCAUGAUGAGGAGUGCUAUACAGCUUAUUGCUUCCAACUGGCCCUACUGGAAUAGGACAGAAGGGGCUGAUCACUUCUUCAUAGUCCCCCAUGAUUUUGGGGCUUGUUUUCACUAUCAAGAGGAAAAAGCGAUCGAAAGAGGUAUUCUUCCGCUACUCCAGCGAGCAACCUUGGUUCAAACUUUUGGACAACGAAAUCAUGUUUGCUUGAAGGAUGGGUCCAUUACUAUUCCUCCAUAUGCUCCUCCACAGAAAAUGCAAUCGCACUUUAUCCCUCCAGAGACUCCACGAUCCAUCUUUGUUUACUUCCGAGGUUUGUUUUAUGACGUUGGCAAUGAUCCUGAAGGUGGUUAUUACGCAAGAGGGGCCCGAGCUGCGGUGUGGGAGAACUUCAAGGACAAUCCUCUAUUUGACAUCUCUACAGAGCAUCCAACUACAUACUACGAAGACAUGCAGCGAGCUAUCUUUUGCUUGUGUCCGCUCGGGUGGGCACCAUGGAGUCCAAGAUUAGUUGAGGCAGUGAUAUUCGGUUGCAUCCCUGUUAUCAUAGCUGAUGACAUUGUGUUGCCUUUUGCUGAUGCCAUCCCAUGGGAAGAUAUCGG